CUUUUACAUCAAAAAUUUCUUUAGCUGUUGUCGGUUAAGGAACAGCUUACAAAAUGAAAUUCAACAAAUUAGUAACCGCUUCAAGAAGCAAAAACAGGAAAAGGCAUUUCACAGCCCCAUCCCACAUCAGAAGAACCCUUAUGUCCGCUCCCUUGUCUAAAGAACUUAGACAAAAGUACAAUGUUAGCACUAUGCCAAUCCGCAAGGACGACGAAGUACAAGUAGUAAGGGGGCACUAUAAAGGCCAACAAGUAGGUAAAGUUGUACAAGUGUACAGAAAGAAAUUCGUUAUCUACAUUGAAAGGAUUCAGAGGGAAAAGGCCAAUGGAGCUAGUGUAUAUGUAGGAAUCCACCCUUCAAAAGUUGUUAUUGUUAAGCUUAAAAUGGACAAGGACAGAAAGAAGAUCAUUGACAGAAGAGCCAAAGGACGUUUGGCUGCUUUGGGCAAAGACAAAGGAAAAUACACUGAAGAAUCAGCUGCCUCAGCUGUAGAAACAUCUUAAGUGUAAUAAGUAAUUUUUAAUAAUAAAAUAAUAUAAAGUUA